AACACGGAAAUAGACCUCCUCGUGCUCCCUCACCUCAGCCUGGCGUGUACCGCGCGGAAUGGGCUCAGAGGGAGGAAAGCAUCAGUUGCUCCGCCAGCCGUUCACGUCGCUCCGCGUGCGUCCCCGCGCCUCCUCCUCCUCCCCCGCGUGUGUAAUACAAACCCCGUGAUCGCGUCUGCUGGAGGCGAGCAGAACAAUGAGCCGGCCGGUCGAGGCGGGAGCGCUGAAGUGAGUGGAGGCAGACAGGUGUGGCGGAACUUGGGCAUCGCAUCACUGCGCGGGUCCUCGGCGGCUGGAAUCAGAGGAGCCGUCACUGGCGGAGCCUGUGGUUGUCCCAGCCUCGCCCUCCGGAGCAGCAGAGCCUGCGCCUAAACCCGUCCUCCUGUAUUGGACCAGCAGCAGCUCAGCGUGGCGAGCCAGGGGGAAAUGGGCCGGAAACUGGACCUGUCGGGGCUGACGGACGACGAGGCCGAACACGUCCUGAAAGUGGUCCAGAGGGACAUGAAGCUGAGGAAGAAGGAGGAGGAGCGGUUGAGUGAGAUGAAGCAGGAGCUGGCAGAGGAAGGCAGCAGAUGCUCCAUCCUCUCCAAGCAGCACCGUUUCAACGAGCACUGCUGCAUCCGCUGCUGCGCGCCCUUCACCUUCCUGCUCAAUCCCAAGCGUCAGUGUGUGGACUGCCAGUACAACGUCUGCAAGACCUGCUGCACCUACAGCAAGAGGGACAAAGCCUGGGUCUGCUCCGCGUGCCAGAAGGGCAGGGUUUUAAGGACACAGUCGCUGGAAUGGUAUUACAACAAUGUGAAGAGUCGCUUUAAGAGAUUCGGCAGCGCCAAGGUUCUGAAGACGUUGUACAGAAAACACAUCAUUGAGCGAGGGGCCUUCUCCGAACUCCCAGAAAGCAGCGUUCAUGAAGGAAGUAUCGGCAAUGACAACGAUGGCAGCAUCUGUGGGAGUGACUCUGCUUUCUACAAACAAAGUGAAGGUCACAGUAUGGCAGAGACGCUCACAGUCGCCCUACGUGUUGCUGAAGAAGCUAUAGAAGAAGCCAUCGCCAAGGCAGAGGAGUUCAGUGACAGUUUAGAGAAGCAGAAUGAGGCCCGUUAUUUGCGGGACCACAAAGAGGAGCUCAUAGAGGAACUUGCUACAGCCAUCGUGCAAAAAAUCAUUCAGAGGCGGAAGCGCUCGGAAAUGCACACGGACUAUGACUUUGUCUGGCCUCAAGCUCAGUCCCUGAUACAGUCGAGUGAAGUGACCUCCCCAUCUCAACCUCAAGCUUCUUCUCAAGGACCAAAGGAUCCACUCCAGCCUACCUACUCACUCUGGCGUUCUCGAUCAGCCUUCUCCCUCACAAGUGACGACUCCCCAGAGAAAGGGCCCGAGGACGAAGGAGCUGUUGGACUACAGGAAUAUGCGUCUCUGAAGAGGGAGGCCAAAGCCACAUCGCUGCCCAAUUGGAAAAGUGUUGACCGGCUGGACAACUCUAGUGCAUCAUCUGUCCUUCAAAGUCCAGACGGCAACUGGAUCGCUCUGCACAGCUCCCAGCACUCUCGGCCCAGUCUGCUGACCAAGAGGAAGAGUCUGGUGUUCAGUGUUUUGGAGAAAGAAUCCGGAGUCGUCUCUGCCUACGACGAGAUGGGCUCCGACUCUGAGGAGAACGAUGAAGGCAGCUGGGGCACGGCACUGCGACAGUUUAGACGCAAGCUGUCAGACGAGACCUAUUACACCGAUUCCCAGCAUGACCCAGAGUGGACUUACACGCAGCACCUGCCUGUGACCUCUCCUUCCUCCGGCCAGUACACCAACACAGAGACAUUGAAUUCAGAUUCCGAGGCAUCAUCCGUGCUGUCAGCACAACCUCGUAAACCUCCUCAUCACCUGCUGGGGAAAAAAGGAAUGUCGGACACUCACCUGCACCCUUAUCACACCCCGUCCUACAGCCAACACCUGCACAAGAACUUCUCCCCUCAUCCACUGCUCUCGGAGGCUCUGGACGUCAAUUUUAACCCAAGGGUGAUGGGAGACAGCAGUGAGGCGGAGGAAAAACAGAACGAUCCAGUGAGGCGAGCGCGGCGGCGCAGGCGCAGCAAGAGGGACUCGUCAACGGAGAGCAAACCUGGAAAUCCUACGCAGUCAAUCUACCCGUUAGCGCAGGAGAACAGCGAUUUUCUUCUGAAUGAGCUGCUGAAGAGAAGUUUCAGUGAAGAGCAAGCGGAGUCUGACACCAAGCCAGUCACAGCUUCUGGACAUGAGGCCUUCAAAUGUGACGCCAUGAGAUCUGAGCCGGAAGAUUUGGACACAAUUGCCCCCAAUCCUGCAGUGCCAAGCCCCCCUUCGCUCCCAUGCGCCCUCACACCAUUGUCGCAGAACUCUCCCAGCACCCUGGUGCUCGUGUCCGACCCCAGUCACCCGCUGGAGGAGGAACUGCGCUGCAGACUUAACAGGCUGGUCGUUUGUGCCAACAGCAGAGACAGUAGCUCCGAGGACGACGAAACAAAGUCCUCUGCAGACAAGCCGCUGGAGAAAGAAAGUAAGACAAACCAGGAGAACCAGAUGGCGAAAGAAAGUGAAAAACAAAACGUUGAGUGCAUGGUCAAUGACAACUGUCAUGAAGGCAAUGAAGAAAGUGCGAACACAGAAGAAAGUGGAUUUGUGCUGGAAUUUAGUGAGAGAGGAAUGAAGAGUCCAUCCCUGGAUGAAGAACCUCUGUCAGACAGAUGUGAAGAAAAAGUAGAAGACUGGGAACCUAAGAGAAGACCGGGGAAGAGACAAAGUAAGAGACAACACAGAAGAGCGAUGGAUACUGAAGCAGAGUUCAGCGGGUCCGGGACCAGUUCGGCUGCAGUUACUCCUUCUUCCCAGGAGGGGGUGCUAGCUGAUAACCAGGAGCAACACAUAGACAUGGAGCAACAGCAGAGACUUGAGUUGCUUUCCUCUCUAAUUCACCAGAAGUAUUCUGCAGCGUCUCUGUGUAGCAUAACCACGGAGGUGCUGAAGGUUUUGAAUGCUACAGAGGAGCUGAUCGGUGAAGCUGGAGGAGAUAGUGGUGGUCAGUCUGAGUCUUCUGCCAUGUCCCCCAUUUCGAGCAGCUCUGAGACUCGCAGGCUGGACCAACGACUCACCAAGAUGGAGGAGAAUGUGUAUCUGGCCGCUGGAGCAGUGUAUGGUCUGGAGGGGGCACUGGGCGACUUAGAGCAGUGCGCCCGCAGUAUCAGCAGCGGCACCUCAGAGACAGAACUGGCUUUUCUAGAGGACCAAGUGGCCACAGCAGCGGCUCAGGUCCAGCAGUCAGAGUUACAGAUUUCAAACAUUGAGGCCCGGAUAUCAGCUCUGAAAACAGCCGGCUUGAAUGUGACCGCCUGCAACCGCUUCUCUAAAUUCAAGCCUAGGGUGAAGCCUCAGACACUGGACUCAUCACGCCAUCAGCGGAGGAAGCUGCCGGCACCUCCUCUAAAAGAUAAGUCGGAGCCUGAGCAGCACGUGAAGGUUUUUGGGCCAUAAGUGACAGACAACAGCACAAGACCCUCAGGGCUAAAAUCAGAGCCCCGGGUGCAGGGGCCACGUCAUCCAGUGCCUUGACCCAGUGUCCGUCUCUGGCCAUCAGGACCCGCAGGGUACGCCUCCCCUCUCUGGAAGUUUGUCAACACAAGAGGCCAUUCCACAAUCUUCUCUGAACUAUCAUGCGUCAUGCAAGGACAUCCAGACAGUCUCUGCCUUAAGAUAUGUCAACUAAAAGAUUCAAGAAAUCUCUGUAUAGUGAACUUGUCUUUUUUAUGUUCAGAAAAUUUCACGGUGAGUUGAAUACAAUUCAACUGGGUCGAUGCGUGAGGUGUAAAGAGAAGGAGCCGGACACAUCUGUCAGUGUGCGUUGUCCUCAGAGGCUUGAUUGUAUCUUGUUUUUUUUAGAUGUAGAAGGUGCCAGGACCAACUGUUCUGCCCGGAUGAAAAUGUUUUAUGACAUAUGCAGCACAAAACAAAAAUGCCACAUGCUCAAAUGGGUGUCCAGUUUGAUGACAGAAUGGGGAUUUAAGAAUCUAAGCCAGAAUCUUACACCUUAAAAACCUGUCAUAUCAAUAGGAACACAACAACAUAAUGUGUGUAUGUCAGAGUGUGGAUGGUUCUGAUGUCUAGUAUUGUGUCUUCAGAGCCCAACAUCAAUACUGAGCUUUUUUUUUUUCACUUUUAGCGCUCAUGUCUCCACGUGUGAGUGCGUGAGUAUAGUAUAUUUUUGUAGGUCCUUGUGUGUGCACGUGUCAUUGCUUGAACUUUCAAGUGCAAGCUAAUGCAAUGUAUGCCAAUCUUGUGUGAGGCAAGCCAAGCUCAAUAUGUCCAUAUGCCAAAACUGAGCUUUACAUUAGUAUUUCAUAAAGAUAUCAGAUGCAUUUAUUUGUUUUUUUUUUCUGUAGAAAUCUAUCAUCAUCUUACGUCUUUGACAAGCUGCAUUCCACAGUAGCCACUGGCCUACUUCAAUGAUCAGAAAGGAACUGCUCCGAAUAUUUAUUUUUUAAAAAGUGUAAUUUUACACUGAAGACUGCACUUCAGCAGCUAGUUCUGUACAUUUAACAUGAUAUACUGUAAUUGAUUCAUAAUAAUAUAACACAGUCUGAUUUGUUUUCUUUUCACCCAUAAAGAGCAAAACGAAAAGCAUGUGGUAUUGUUCUCCCCAGUUUCACAUCUACCUCUACUCCUCCUCUGUUUUGAAUCAUAAGGUGGCCUUUUAUUUUGAGGUAUUGUCAUGUUCAAGUAUGAUUCAGUUUGCAUUCAGGUGACUAUAGAGAUUUCUACAUUGUUACAUAUACAACCAUUAUAUUAUUACAAGUGAUUUAUUUUUCUACUUUCUCUAUUUUUUUACGCAACGUCAAUGGAAUUCUAUUUAAUUCUGUCAUUCUGAUCUUCCUAUCAUUUCUCAGAUUGUAUUCACCGCGAUAAUCUGCCAGUAUUGCCGCACAAAAGGUCAUAAAUGGAGCUUUUUCCAACCCUACAGCCGAUAUGCUCUUUAAUUAUUGAAAUUGGUGGGUAUUCUUUGCAAAAGACUCAAAACCCUCAUAUAUAUUUUGUUUCUUUUCAUGGAGGAAAAGAGUAUUUAUGUGAAUUCAUAAUACUUGUAAAGAAAGCACAGUAUUCUCCUUGAAUAAUCUCUGAAAGUGUGAGAAAUGUGCAUUUGAGACCGUGAGACGUUUAUCAUUACUGUACAUGUCUCGCUAGAUUUUUGAGUUUUACCCUUGGUUUCUUGAGCCAAAUCUGCUUUUGCAGUGGCACUGCAGAUGUCAGAAUACGCCUGACACAUCCAAAUAAUUUAAUGCUGCAUUUAGUUACAAAAUAAUUUAACUUGGAUGCGCGUGUGAAAAUAACAUGUUCCCGAAUCGGAACAUUAAGUAUAUCGUUAUUACUCAAUGAGUGAGCAUCAUCAUCUUGUUUUGAUUAAUAUCAGGUUGUAUUUUUUAAAUUAGUACAGAUUUUAGUUUAGUGUAGAUACUGCAACGGAUUUAUCCACCUGCCCGCUGUCAGCCCCGCUGGUCAUCACAAAAACGAUUCAGUCUGUGCUGGUUGAAGGUGUGUGUGUCAUGGGAAAAUGAAAGCUCAUCCAAAACUGCACAUGUAGGUUUUACACAGACCAUCUCACGACUUGUUUUUUUCAAUAUUUGUUCAAGUCUGAGUGUGUUUUCUGUACAUUUUAUUCACAACAAAUUUGCCAAAUUAUGACAAUGAGUUACCCUCAUCAAAACUGUUGGCUUCUUCUUUGACUCCUUCCUGAACAAAGGUUAAUGAGAAAACGCUUCAUUCAGCAACAUUCCAGAUCAGUGGUUUAUGUCAAUCUAAAAGUCUCGGUGUGAAAAAAGAAGCAUGUUACUGGAUGUACAGAAGCCUGUGACAAAGGUCUGAUCAUUCUUGUCCUGUAUUUUUCUAUUGUAAAGAAGAAACCUAUCUCACAAGAGUUUAUAAGUGUAUAUGUGUGAAAUAGAUGGAUCUGAUAUAGACUAAUAUGUGUAUUGCCCAAUCAUAGAUCUUUCAAUGUCGUCUGUGUAAUUGUUUUGUCGGAUUUACGCAGGAAAGACUGUGGACUGUGUCCCAAAUCAGGUGCAAAUAUACAGAUUUAUCUCAGUUCCCAUAGGGAGGACUGACUUUGCAGCAACAUGUAUGGAUUGCUCGCUUUUAUGUGCAAUUGUUUGUUGCAGUUCAUGUGACACGGCGGGGAAAAUACAAGCAAAAAAAAAAGUACAUAUUAUUUAUGUGCCACAGAUUUCUGGGAUGAAAUAUGUAUUAUGACAUGAAUAAAAUUUUAAAACAAGCUUGUAGAUGGAAUUAUGUGGUAAUAUUCACAGUAGGUUGAGUUUAGAGAAGAAAAAAAAAAUUCACUGUAUUCAGAUGAAAUUAAAACUACCAUUGAUAUGCUGCCAUGAGAUUUUGCUUUACAAACUA